CGUUUAUAAGAUUAGAAUGUUAUCAGCAAGUAUGAUGUCAUCUGAUUCACUGGGGCAGGCCGGAUUCACAAGCUAACAGUCUAGUAUAUGUCUAGUGAUUGAAGGAGCAGAUGAUACACCUCUCUGGACAAGAUGUAAGGCAUCAAUAGCUAGAGUUAUUUACAUUACAUUACAUUACAUGCUCCUUCUAGUGUUGAUCUGAGUUAUUGCCAAAAUUUUGAUUUUAGUUUUGGAUAUCACUACUUAUUUACUUUGUGACCAUUUUCUGUUAAUUUAGUUUCAUGUGAUUUUCACCCAUCCAUCUUCUACAUACUUGUGUUUGGAAAUUGGAAAUGGUUUGCAGAUUUGUGUUCGUUAAUUCAGUUCAUGGUAUCUUAUGUCAUGCUCAACUCAUAUAUAUAUCACUGCCAUAAUUUCAUUACUAGUGGGGAACCCACUUAGCUUAAACGUACAUACAAAUGGAGUGGAUUAUAUUGAAUUGGUGGAAAUUGGGCGGCCGGAAAACAUAUAUCAUCUUAGCUUCCACCUCCGAUUCGGCCGGCUGAUCUUCCGAUCCUUAACAUAACCGCCAUGAAUCAAAAGCUGGGAUUGGGUUGCUGGGUAUGGGUUAUUCUUGUUUUAGCAUUGGUUAAGGUCGAUGAUGGCGAAUCUGCUUUAACUCCCCAAUGCUUAGACUACAUCCGAAAACUAAUACCUUGCGAGAAGUUCUUGAGCAUCGGCGGCACUGCCCCAAAACCAAGCGUUUCAUGCUGCAAUGGAGCCAGAGUGUUAGAUAAGUUUGCUGCUUCGUCAAAACGCAAUUACAAUACCAUCUGUCUCUGCUACAAAGACGCCCCAAAUGCUUUCCCUGUAGACACCAAAAAAUCCAACCGCCUUCCAACCUUUUGCAAGCUUACAACAACUUUGGUCCUCAAUCCUAACAUUACUUGCCCUCAUAGUGCAUGAAAGGGUAGCCCAGCCCAAAAUCUCCAGGCCUAGCUUGAAGAUUAUUUGCAAUUUGCAGAAUAUUGAUAGUGAUGAAUUCUAUUCUAUAUGCAUAAUGCAUGCUGGAUUAGAUAGAUAACGGUGUUAUGUAUGUAUGAAUGAACGAAUGUAUUGUCUCAUUGUUACUUAAACUUUGACAGUUUAAUAAUAAU